AUGAGUAUGAUAAGUUACGAAGGUGAAAUGGACUUAGAGAAGUGUGUGCAGAUGUAUGAAGAGGAGGAAAUAGAAUUGCCAGAGGACAGUACUAGUGGAAAGUUGGUAUACUUCCUUGCCCCAUAUUUUUUCGAGAAAACAUGGAUAUACGACAUUAUUGUUUCUCUUUCAGGUGCAUUUAUUUCAUCGGCUGUACUAUUAGUGUACAUUAGUUUGCGAGACUUUUAUCAUAAUCCACUCGAAUCAGAACUUUCAGUCGAAUUUUCUCCCUUAUGGACGAUCAGUCAUUAUUUCCUAUGCUUUACUUUUUCUUUUUUGAACUUUAUUCACCAUAGGAAAAAGGUUAAUAUUGAGACAAAAGCGCUCCAAAAGUUAUUGAAGGAAGUGGCUGGGGUGGACCUAACCGGGGAUCCAGUAGCUUGGAGGAGAAUUGCAUCGAGAGUUAAUCACUUUUCUGAAGAGACAGGAUAUCGUUAUUCUCUUUUUUACAGUGGGGAGCAUUGUAUGCGCUUUUUUGUGAGAGAAAUCGUAAAACCAAUAGAAUGCCAGACCUACGACAUCAGAUGUUAUUGCGAAGGAGAAAUGUACAGCAAUUUUUGGAAAAAUCCAUCAAAUAAGGCGCUAACUGAGAGAGCACUUGCGAAAUACAACAAGAGCGUUGAGAACUUUGGUGAAUUAUCACAUACGGCUGAAAGAGAUGAAUUUAGAGAUGGUACUUUCGAGAGGUUUCGCAAUAUUUUCAACACCUCAAUUCUUUACUUUUGGGUAAUAGAAUUAGGGUCCUUUUUGAUUUUGCUGCUGACCUUCAUUAUCUCGAUGAUUGUAUGGGGCAUUUUUCAUUCAUUCGCUACCGCUUAA